AUGGCGAAAGCUUCCCAUACAUUGCAAAAAGGUGCUGUCGUCCAGCACACCGCCAAAGCCCAUAACCUGAAAGGUCAACUGCCUGAAGGGAGCAUGGAAUCUUUGGCAACAACCAUUCGUCUCGUCACGCUGAACUGCCGAACACUAUCGAGUGAACUCCAACAAGCCGCUCUAUCCAGACUUCUGCGAUAUCUCUGUGUGCCCUUUGCUGCACUGCAGGAAACACGCAUGAGAGAUCGGCCCGUCAUCAGAAUCGAAAAUUACACCAUAUACUGCGGCGAUGCUGAUGAGAACAAAGUAGGUGGGUGCGCGAUAGCUGUGAGGAACGAUUACAAGAACCAAGUGGAGGAAUUUUGCUCAAUGUCGUCUAGAUGCGCCUUUCUACGACUGCGGGAUCGCAGAGGACGUAAACUCUGCAUCAUAAGUGCUCACGCACCUACGGAAACCGCUGAGGACAUCAGUAAGGACGCCUUCUGUGAUGAACUCAAUGCGUUGAUGUCUAAAAUACCAAGCCCAGUAGGUGGUCAUUGUCGGAAUCGACGCAAAUGCGAAGCUGGGACUCGAACAGCAAUCCGAUGUGCUAGGAAAAUGAGGAAUCAUCGACGCCAUCAGCUCACGUGGCAGAGGUCAACCCUUUUGACGCCUGAAGAGCAGCGCAAACGGAAGAUGAGGACCUUGAAGCUUCAGCUAGACUACGUUCUGGCGAGGAACAUUCCUCAGUCAGAUAUCCGAAAAUCUAGAGCUGUUUGGGACGUCGCGUUCGACUCUGACCACCGUCCAGUUCUUCUCAGCUUUAAGAUACGGUUCAACAGGAGAAACCGAGGAGUUCCCCUUCAACCGAAAAUCGACAUGGCAGGUCUGAAAGACGAUGAAUGCAGAACAAAAUUCCGCCAACGUGUGUCUAUUCAUGUUGGAGUACGGACCAGGAAGAAGUUUAGCGAUGCGGAUUCCUUCACAAAGUGCAUCCAGGACACUGCAAGGGAAACGCUCCCGGUUCUAUUGCCGCGGAAGAAAAGGAAUCUGCGUCGUCAACUGCAACAAGACCGCGAUAACGAGUGGACAUCAAGAGCGCUGGAGUUUGAGAAGGCGUGGGAGGACAGAAGCCCGCGGAAAGCCUAUGCUCUACUAAAACAGUAUAGCGGCAAAAUGAAAAGAUGUUCCCUUGUCCUCAACACUGCCAAUGGGGUAGCUGUCGGUGAAGCAACCCUUCCAAUUUGGAAGGAACACUUCAAGACCUUGCUGUAUCGGCUAGUACCGUCAGCUCCUGAACUCGAAAACGUUCAUAGACCGACACAUGCGGUUAACGAGGAGCUACCGACCGAGUCGGAGGUCCUGGUCUUUACUCAAAAAAUCAAGAAUGGAAAAUCUGGCGGAGACGACGGGAUUAGCGCAGAAAUGUUAAAAUAUCUUCCUCCGUCUGGGAUUCGUGGAAUGACAGAGAUCAUCCGUUCAAUAUCGAUAGACGAAAGGAUACCUGAUUAG